AUGGAGCCGUGCCGUUUUUUCUUUGACCCUUCGACGACAUCGUCCGCUUGCCAGCAAGGUGGUGGCAACAUGCUGUUCCUCGGGAAUGCUGAUCACGUUUUUCGAGGGCCGAGAUCGGUUAUGGGAUUGAUGGAUCAAGAAAGCUCGAGGAGGCGAAGUUUUUUCAGCUCAUCGUCAUCGCAAGACGAACUAUUCGACGAAGAAUAUUACGACGAGCAGUUACCGGAAAAGAAGCGCCGCCUCACUCCUGACCAGGUGCAUAUGCUGGAGAAGAGCUUUGAGACAGAGAAUAAGCUGGAGCCAGAGCGGAAGACGCAGCUGGCCAAGAAGCUGGGGCUGCAGCCAAGGCAGGUGGCUGUGUGGUUCCAGAACCGCAGGGCUCGCUGGAAGACAAAGCAGCUCGAGCGCGAUUUUGAUCUUCUCAAAUCUUCUUACGACUCCCUUUUGUCUAAUUAUGAUUCUAUCCUUAAGGAGAAUCACAAGCUCAAAUCCGAGGUGGUUUCCAUAAACCAGAAACUUGAAGCUAAAGAGGAGACCAGCAAUAUCAAAGCAGCAGCAUUUGCACCUGAUCAUCCUGACGACGACAAGUGCGACCCUCUUGUUCCUGCUGGUGAUGAGAUGAGGGAUGCUGUUCCAAUAAGCUAUGCCGCUGGUCUGCAAUAUAGCUGCAGCGUCAAAGUUGAGGACCGUCUGAGUUCCGGGAGCGGAGGAAGCGCAGUGGUGGACGAGGUCGAAGGUCCUCAGCUUGUGGACAGCGGUGACUCCUACAAUUUUCUCAACGAGGACAACGUCCACAAUAAUUACCCUCAUCAUCAUCAUCACCAUCAUAGUGGGGUCAACUCAGAAGAAGAUGACGGCAGUGACGACGGGCGGGGUUACUUCUCCGAUGUGUUUGCGGCUGCCGUGGAGGAGCAGGUACAGCAGGCGGAGGGUGUGUCUAUGGGCUGGUGGAAAGGGAAGGAAAGGGACCUUCAAGAACCUGACAAUGGGCUUGUGCAGCUGAAAGUGGAGGGGAGAGGGUUGCAAUGGGAGCAAGUGGUGGCCAAACGACCGCUCAUGUUCCACCUUAGCUCUCAGCUCUUCUCAUGCACUCAGAGAGAUGCUGAGAACGGCGUGCUGGAGGCUGAAAGAGAAGGAACGUCAUGCUUUGCUCUACUGGGGUUGCGUCAGCUCAGAGACACACCCCCAGACUCGUAA